AAACCGCGUUGACACCGUUAUAAACAACAAAACUGAAAAAACUACCAACUACUCACUCACUCGCAUUGUUCCGGCAACGGCAACACCUUAAAGAAGUUGAUUAAGAGGUUAACGCGUAAUGCAAGUGUUCAUCUUGAGGAAGCAAAACUACUGAAUUUACUACUCUACCCUUCUAUGCUGUGAUCAAGAAUAUAUAUAACAAGUUUCAAAAUUUUGUUUUUGGUUAUAAUAUCUGCAAAUUCUGAGAUUUAUCAUGCCUUGUAAAGAUUUCAAUAAUUUUUCUUCUUCAUCGAUGUUUUCCUCGGACUAUAUUUCUCCGUCUAUUGAGAGCGAAACUGGAUGUUGGAAAUUCGGUAAAAGUUCCAAAGACCAUGAUUCUGAUCAAGGAACAAAACCUAUUCAAGCAGUAUCCAAUUUUUCAUAUGGUAGUGAAGUUAAUAAUAUAAUGGUGGCUCCGCGUGAAAGUAGCCACUUCUCAACUUCUCUGCCAGAUUUGUUUAGCAGAAAAUUGCGAUUAUCUGGAAAUAAUGCUUUAUACGGACAUUCAGUAAAUACAAAUGUAUCGCAUUAUGAGGAAGAGGAGCUUGUUGACUCUUUUGAAGAACUCGGGGCUCAAAUCAUUCGAAACCUACUUCCGGACGAGGAUAAUUUGCUUUCUGGAGUGACUAACUGGAACGGUGAUGACAUGGAUGAACUAGACUUUUUCAGCAAUGUUGGAGGUAUGGAACUUGAAGAUGUUGAUAAUUCAUUCCCUGGAGAAAAGAAUUCCAAAAUCAUCGGUCGAGCUCAGCACAAUCAACUAGGACUGUGUAAUACCUCGAUCGCUGGAGAAAACCCUUUUGGUGAACAUUCUUCUAGAACAUUACUUGUGAGAAAUAUUGAUAGUGAUGUUAAUGAUACUGUGCUUAAAGCACUUUUUGAGGAAUUUGGAGAUAUUCACACUUUUUAUAGAGCUUGCAAACAUCAAGGAUUUGCUAUGAUAUCAUAUUAUGAUAUCAGUGCUUCUCAGAAUGCAAAGAGAGCACUCCAUAAUACACUCUUCGGUCGCAAGAAAUUUGAAAUUCAUUAUUCGAUUCCAAAGAUUCAUCCCGAAUUCAAACAAGAAUGCAACCUCUGUCUUCAUCAGAAGAGUCCUCUAACAACCAGCUUCCAAGGCUUGCAUGGUUUCUCUUCAAGUGUUCCGAACACGUUACCGUCUGCAAUCAAAGUUAAAUCAGUUGGAAACCAAUGUGAAUUUACUGAAUCUAGUUCACUAGGGCAGUGGAAUUUGGAUACUCAAGCUGCAUUAGCUUUUCAUCCUCAUUCCCUACCGGAACGUAGUCAUGGUUUUACUAAUGAUUUUCCUCUCAAUCCUCUUGAGGUGGCUGGAAACAUUAAUUUCAAAACACAAGAAAGAAUCGAUAACAUGCAUUUUUGUCAAGUAAAGUCCAAUGGACCCUUUAUGGAUUUUGAUGAAUGUGUUUCAAAAUCCACUGGUAAUGUGAGCUCAAGCUUCCCUCUUUCUGGCCAUCAUGAAAUAUGGAGUAACUCCUAUCCGCCUCCUCGAACAAUGUGGCCAAACUCACCAUUCAAUGGAAUUAGUGCAGCACCUACUCUGCAAGGAUUUAACCAACUUCCUAUGUCACCAUCACAUAACCAUCAUGUGCAAUCACCUCCUCUUUGGGACAGAAGAUAUACAUAUGUAGGGGAAUCCGUAACACCGCACCGUGUUGACUUUGUUCCUCAUAACACGCCCCCUCAUUUUGGACACAACUUCCAUAACCAAAGGGGCGUGAUGUUUCCUGGUAGAAACCAUAUGGUUAACAACUCAUUUGAUGCACGCAUAAGAAGCCGCAGAAAUGUAGGCACAUCGAACGUGCCUGACUUGAAACGGUAUGAACUUGACAUUGACUGCAUAAUGAGGGGCGAAGAUCAGCGAACCACACUUAUGAUAAAGAACAUUCCUAACAAGUAUACUUCCAAGAAGCUGCAGGAUACAAUCAACGAACGCCAUAAAGGAACUUAUGAUUUUUUGUAUCUACCAAUUGAUUUCAAAAACAACUGCAAUGUUGGAUAUGCAUUCAUCAACAUGACUAGUCCUAGCUCGAUUGUACCGCUCUAUGAGGUGUUCAAUGGAAAAAAAUGGGAGCUUUUCAACAGUGAGAAAGUGGCAGCACUCGCAUAUGCUCGCAUACAAGGGAAAGCCGCUCUUAUUGCGCACUUCCAACACUCAAGCUUGAUGAAUAUGGAUGAGGAUUGCAGGCCUAUCCUCAUCAACACUGACGGCCCUAAUGCCGGUGAACAGGUCCCUUUCCCAAUUGCCAUGAAACCUGGAAGAGUGAGAAGCAACAUUCAUGAGGAAGACGGUGUUUCAAAGGAAUCAGACUAAGCAAGCCACAUUUGUUUCUUUUUCCAUCUCAUUAGUUUUAGUGAAAUCACUAAUCACUAACUAUACACAAAUACUUCACUACAGCCAAGAAUUUUAUAUUUUUAUCUUCCAGCUUUUGUUUGUUAUCUGGAGUGCAAGUUCCCAACAUCGCUCCGGUUGGAAUUAGAGAAACUUAGUUUCGGAAUGAUAACAUAACCAAUCCUGCUCAACUAUCUGAUUUACCAUCUCAAUACGUAUUUGAAUUAAUUAGUUUAAUUACUAGUUGAGAUUUUAAAUUAUGGUCUGCAUCCGCAAUUGCGGCAGUAGUAUUGCUAAGGCGGUAUCACACCGCAAUUGCAGUGUGAUUUUAACAAA